CAAUACCGUACUGCUAAACUGCAGCUUUCACAGUAGUAUCAUCGACCCCAGUGACUUCCAAAUGAUUCCAGUAGGAUCCUCCCAAACGACUGUACCCCCCAUAUUGCAAACGACUUGAACAGCGUGACACUGCCUGGCAACAUGUUGACUACCAGCAUCGGAAGUAUACGCUCAGACACACUCCCUUAAACGAUCUUAGGCCCUUAGGGAAUUUGACGAGAUUGUGGGCCAGUGAUAUAUUGGUUUCGGCUAGGAUGGACUCGGACUACAUCCAUUUUGCACGAAUGCCAUCCGCGUCUGGCUUUGUUGAUUUAUACUCCUGGACUCACCCGGUCGGCGAUGGGGUCUUGGGGGACUUCACUUUCUGCCCUGCACGGUUUCCACUUGCUAUAGUAACUGCCCACUCAGACAUUGAUAGCCAUGCAUACGAUAUCCAUAUGAAGUGAAUUACAACGAACGACGCUCACCCCGACGCAGCGAAACCAUUCCUGAAAAUAUUCGACAUUGGCAUACUGAUCGCGACAGAUCCCGAUUCGCUCAUUCUCGGAAACUGCAUUAGUAUGCUACAUUGGAACCUUGUAGAAAACAAGGGCAUGGUGAUAUGGUCGGGGAAUUUGGGUCUGGAAAUCCAAGGCGGACUACUAGGUAAAGUAUCUCUACAAGUUGACUUCGGUUAGAAACUAAAUGAUAUCACCACUCACUCGUCUUUGUCAACUUUCAUGGAACCUUUUACCUUCACGUAUCGGAGCCGGCACCCGUGCAGGCUGGGAUGUAACAGACACUUGCGUCUGUACCUGCGAAGGUGGUUUGAGGUGAGGUGUUGGUGUUGGAGGAGACCUACAUUCAGAUCAGACGUGCUACAUAUGUACGACGUUGACGGUACUCAAUUCAAUCUGUGAUGUGACUCCGGCCCACAAGAUGUUGCUUCGUAUAUGUUAUACCACCCACCUAGCCUACUGAUUGGUAGCAACGAGCACCAUAUAUGAAACGAGAUAUCCUGGAGUUUUGCACAUUU